ACGUCCAUGACUUUCCUAAUUACUCUCUCUCUCUCGCUCUAUAUAUAUGACCUCGUAACUAACCCCGUCGUCUCGCAGACACUGCUGCCUUUAUUCUUCCAUCUGUCUGAGCUGAAGAUCAUAACGUCCAUCUCUCCCUCAAGAUCUGAGAUCUAAACUUGGAUCGAGAAAAUGGCAACAUACAGGCCUAAGAACAUUCUGAUCACCGGUGCGGCCGGCUUCAUUGCGUCCCAUGUUGCCAACCGUCUCAUCCGGAACUACCCAGAAUACAAGAUUGUUGUCCUUGACAAGCUUGACUACUGCUCGAACCUCAAGAACCUUGCACCCUCGCGAUCCUCUCCCAACUUCAAGUUUGUCAAGGGUGACAUUGGGAGCGCUGAUCUCGUGAACUUCCUCCUCAUCACUGAAUCCAUUGACACCAUAAUGCACUUUGCUGCCCAGACACAUGUCGACAACUCAUUUGGAAACAGCUUCGAGUUCACCAAGAACAACAUCUAUGGCACCCAUGUCCUCCUUGAAGCCUGCAAGGUCACUGGUCAGAUCCGGCGGUUCAUCCAUGUGAGCACGGAUGAGGUCUAUGGGGAGACUGAUGAGGAUGCUGUUGUUGGAAACCACGAGGCCUCUCAGCUUCUCCCAACAAAUCCGUACUCUGCGACAAAAGCUGGAGCAGAAAUGCUCGUCAUGGCAUAUGGGAGGUCGUAUGGUUUACCUGUCAUAACUACUCGAGGAAACAAUGUUUAUGGGCCCAAUCAGUUCCCAGAGAAAUUGAUUCCGAAAUUCAUCCUUUUGGCCAUGAGAGGAAAACCACUUCCAAUCCAUGGAGACGGUUCGAAUGUGCGGAGUUAUCUCUAUUGUGAGGAUGUUGCCGAGGCUUUUGAAGUCGUUCUCCACAAAGGGGAAGUUGGCCAUGUUUAUAAUAUUGGAACAAAGAAGGAAAGGAGAGUGAUUGAUGUGGCGAAGGAUAUUUGUCAUCUUUUCUCUUUGGAUCCUGACUCAGUUAUUAAGCUUGUGGACAAUAGGCCGUUUAAUGAUCAGAGGUACUUCUUGGAUGAUCAAAAGCUGAAGAAUUUGGGAUGGUCGGAAAGGACCACGUGGGAAGAGGGGUUGAAGAAGACGAUGGAUUGGUAUACAAGCCAUCCUGAUUGGUGGGGCGAUGUUUCUGGGGCCCUCUUGCCUCACCCAAGAAUGCUGAUGAUGCCUGCUGGGUCGGAAGAUUUUAAUGGCACAACUUUGCAUGUCUCAAGUAAUGCUAGUCAGAGAAUGGUGGUUCCAGUUUCAAAGAGCAGCAGCUCUACGCAAAAACCACCUCUAAAGUUCUUGAUUUAUGGUAGGACCGGAUGGAUUGGGGGACUUCUUGGGAAGAUAUGUGAGAAACAAGGGAUACCCUAUGAGUAUGGUAAAGGGCGUCUGGAGGAGCGAUCACUGCUCUUAUCAGAUAUUCAGAACGUGAAGCCGACCCAUGUUUUUAAUGCUGCUGGUGUGACUGGUAGGCCUAAUGUUGAUUGGUGCGAGUCCCACAAACCAGAGACCAUUCGCACCAAUGUCGUGGGUACUCUGAAUUUAGCCGAUAUUUGUAGGGAGCAAGGGCUACUAAUGAUGAAUUUUGCUACUGGUUGUAUAUUCGAGUAUGAUGCUCAGCACCCCGAAGGGUCAGGCAUUGGAUACAAGGAGGAAGACAAACCCAACUUCAUGGGUUCUUUCUAUUCGAAGACGAAAGCUAUGGUUGAAGAGCUUUUGAGCGAAUAUGAGAAUGUAUGCACCCUUAGAGUCAGAAUGCCGAUAUCAUCUGACCUCAGCAAUCCCCGCAACUUCAUUACGAAGAUCUCACGUUAUAACAAAGUGGUCAACAUUCCAAACAGCAUGACCAUCCUGGAUGAGCUUCUGCCCAUCUCGGUCGAGAUGGCGAAAAGGAAUUGCAGGGGUAUUUGGAAUUUUACGAACCCUGGGGUUGUGAGCCACAAUGAGAUUCUAGAGAUGUACAAGGAAUAUAUUGAUCGUGACUUCACUUGGGCUAACUUCACCUUGGAAGAACAGGCGAAAGUUAUUGUUGCCGCUCGCAGCAACAACGAAAUGGAUGCUUCCAAGUUGAAGAAGGAGUUUCCUGAGUUGCUUUCCAUUAAGGACUCGUUGAUCAAGUAUGUCUUUGAGCCUAACAAGAAGGUCUAGCAAGUGAAGCCCUUGAUGACACUAGAACUCAGGACUAACCUUGCGUAUUGUAUUAGGUAAUGUUGAUUUUCAUUCUCUUCCCCAUUGCAUAUUAGGUCAUUAUCACUAUUUCUAUUAUUACGGUAUUGGAGUAGAAUAAUUGCUAUAGGCUCUUUCUUAUUCUUUCUUGUUUGCUUUCCAGUCCAGGUUUGCUUCUUGUUUUUGUCAUGCACAUGGAACGUUUUGGUGGCCUUCUAUAUUUAUGUAUGGACAUGUUCUACACACCAGCAGGCAUGUAAUUCUUUGAGUUGUUAUUUAUGAAGCUGUUUUCCCUUGCCAAGUCCUGUUAAUCUUUUCCCAGGAAUAGAACUUUGGGGUGUGUGCCUUUA